UGUUGGAUGCCACAUUUCCAAACAUGAAAAUUUUCAACAAGCAUCUGUUUAAUGUUGUUAGAAGACUUUGCUUCCCUUUAGCUGUACAAGGUGGGCUAAAAAGGAGGUUCUUUUUUAUGAGGCCUUGCACAGUAGUUACUUGCAGAACAUUUGCUCUGUCUCCUUUGCUGAAUAAGGAUUCAUCAUCAGGCAGCACUGAAAAAUUAGAUUUGGAUGGAUGGAAACAUGUUGUGCGAUCUGUGUCACAAGAACAAACCAGUGAGAAAAUAUCAGAGAAUGAUGGUGACUCCAAUUUAGCGGCUACUAGGGAUCUUAUUGAGAUGUCGAGAUUAUUGGGUAAAGCUGUUCCAGAACACAUCAGUGAAGAACAAUUCAAAAUCUUAAUGGAAUGUCCUACUAAGACUUCCAAAAGGAAAUAUUUAAAAUUCUUGACUAUAAAGGAACGUAUAAAGAGAGCCCAGAAAGAAAAGAAGCAUGAAAAACAAAAGCAAGUGGAGGAGGAAAAGAAACUAAAAGCUAAUGAAAAUAAUAAUGGUGAGCCGAAGAAUACAUUUUUAAUGAGGUUUUGGUCCAAGUCUGAGGAUACUUUAUUCCACUGGAGAGCUGCUCAGUCUAUGAUCUUCGGACAGCCUUUGGUAUUUGAUAUGGCCUAUGAAAACUGUAUGUCACAAAGAGAAAUGGAAAAUGCAGUGAAACAAAUGGUAGAAUCUGAAGGGGUCAAUCGUAAAGCUAUGGACCCAUUUCACUUUCAUUACUGUAAUCUCAAAGUGGAUGGUCCUUAUCACAAAGUGUUUCUCAAACGCUAUGGAGAAGCAUGGGAUAAGUUGUUUGUGACAGUGACAGAAAAGAGUCAUGUUGAAGUCUUCCCACGAGAUCAGCUUGUUUAUUUAACUGCUGAUUCUCCUAAUGUAAUGAAAACUUUUGAGCAUGAUAAAAUCUAUAUAAUUGGAUCUCUAGUUGACAAGUCAAUACAGAGAGGAGUCUCCCUCGCCCAAGCAAAACGGCUGAAUUUGGCAACAGCACGGCUUCCUUUGGACAACUACUUGCAGUGGGAGGAAGGUGCCAAAAACCUUACUCUAGACCAAAUGCUGCAAAUCUUAAUGACUCUGAAAGACACUGGGGAUUGGGUGAAAGCUUUGCAGUUUGUUCCAAAAAGAAAACAUGCAGGUUUUGUAGUCCCUGCCUUUUAUUCAAAGGAUCACCUCGAGACUAGGAAGAGAAUGAAAGUGCCUGACAAAACAACUGGUCAAGAAAAGGCGAGCAACCAGUUUGCAAGGAACUUCGUAGCACGGCAAACCCAGAGAAAGUGGUGGGAAGAUGAAUCUUAAUAUAUUGUUCACCAGGUUAUGAGUCAUGCAAGUUUUCAAUUUAGCUUGAAUGUGUUAAUGUGCAUUUUAUUAC